AAAUCCCUCCUGCGAUCCUAACCGUACGCGCGCGAACGAAUCCGUGACGCUUUUACGAACACGGUCGGCGUGUAAACCCUCUAGCUGAGCAAGCGGCUGCACCCUCGCGCGGAACGCUUUUCACGGGCUCGCCUGUCGGGGCAUCGGCGUCCGAUAACAUUUCAAACUGCGUGGCAGGACUGUUCUGCGGGUAGCGAAGCACGUCGCCGACGUGACUGGACGUGACCGAGUGAACGUGGGGUGUCGUUUCGCGUCGUCCGGCUGCGUGACUGUCUGCCGUCCGAAAAUCGCCGCGUCGCCGCAGUCCCGAUGUCAGGCAUAGCGAUCGCCAGGCUCGCCGAGGAGCGGAAGGCGUGGAGGAAGGACCAUCCGUUCGGCUUCGUGGCUAGGCCAACUAAAAAUCCAGACGGCACCCUCAAUCUGAUGAGCUGGGAGUGCGCGAUCCCCGGGAAGAAAUCCACUCCCUGGGAGGGUGGCCUGUACAAAUUACGUAUGAUUUUCAAAGAUGACUAUCCGUCGAGCCCGCCAAAGUGUAAAUUCGAACCUCCGCUGUUUCAUCCGAACGUAUACCCAUCCGGCACCGUCUGCCUGUCGCUCCUGGACGAGGAGAAGGACUGGCGGCCAGCCAUCACGAUCAAGCAAAUCCUGCUGGGUAUUCAGGAUUUGCUGAACGAGCCGAACGUGAAAGAUCCGGCCCAGGCCGAGGCGUACACAAUAUAUUGCCAAAAUCGUCUGGAAUACGAGAAGCGUGUUAAAGCUCAGGCUAGAGCGAUGGCCCCGCAGGAAUAAAAAAAAAAGCAUAAGAACCGUCGACAUAUUUAAGAUAUGUGUAUUUUUUGAUCUAAACCUUAAUUUUUAAGUCUUAUAAGUAAUUAUGUUACAAUACUUUUAAAAUAUGAGGAUGUGCCGGCAGAGAGACAUUCAAAAUACCAGCAGCUGUUAAAUAUAUCAUCUCAAGUUCUGUACUAGUAUCUCUUGGUAUAUACAUACAUAUGUAGGUAGAUUAUUUUAGGAUUUACUAAAUAAUGUAAAAUCUUGAAGAGAAUAAAAGAUUUCGACUCAUCA